AUGUUUAUAAAAACUGGUGCUAUUACUAUGUUAUUGACUGAUCGUAAUUUAAAUACUUCAUUCUUUGAUCCUAGAACUGGUGAGGUUUAUAUUUUAAUUUUACCUGCUUUCGGUAUUGUUAGACAGUCAACUUUAUAUUUGACUGGUAAAAAAGAAGUGUUUGGUUCUUUAGCUCAUCAUAUGUACACAGUAGGUAUAGAUUUAGAUUCUCGUGCUUAUUUUUCAGCAGCAACUAUGGUUAUUGCUGUUCCUACAGGUGGUUUAACAGGUGUUAUUUUAUCUAAUUCUAGAUUAGAUAUUAUUUUACAUGAUACUUACUAUGUAGUUAGUCAUUUUCAUUAUGUUUUAAGUUAUCGUUUAGUUUUAAGUGAUUACUUUACUAAUAGAAGACCUGAGAUGAGUAUGAGUGGUUAUGUAUUCGGUCAUAGUUAUCAAGCAGAGAUUUAUUUUAGAAGAACUUCUUUAAAAGCUUAG